AUGGCCGGUCCCGUGACAAGUAAGAAGGUCCCCAAGAAACUGAUCGAUCAGUGCUUACGGCUGUAUCAUGAUAAUCUAUAUGUGAUUUGGCCUUUGCUCUCCUAUGAAGAUCUUCACAAGCUUUUGGAGGAAGAGUACGACGACUGCUACGUUUAUUGGUUUCUGGUGGCUCUUUCAGCGGCCACUCUCAGCGAUUUGCAAACUGAAAUAGAAUCUGAAGAAAGGAUUACUUUCACGGGGAAACAGUUAUCCAGUAUUUGUAUCUCAUCGUGUCAGCAGUUUGAUGACCUCGAAGGCAGCAAUGUGUUCAACAUUAUGACCUAUUACUGCUUACAUCGCAGUUUCGCACAGGCGUCUAACACAAAAACUUCAUACAGGCUUUGUUGCGAGGCUAUUGGUCUCGUAACGAUGGCAGGUUUGCAUCGUGAAGAAACCUAUGAACCCCUUUCUUUUUGUGAGCAGCAGCUCAGAAGGAAGCUAUAUUAUUUGAUUCUUAUGACGGAGAGAUACUAUGCCGUGUACCUUCAUUGCGCAACAAGUUUAGACGCCACAAUAUCCCCACCACAACCUGAGUUUGUCACUGAUCCUCGGCUUUCCCUGGACAGUUUUCUAGAGAUGAUCAGAGUGUUCACCGUUCCAGGAAAAUGUUUCUUUGAUGCUUUAGCCUCUGAUUCCACUAGCGUUUUUUGUACCGAAGACUCUCUGAAAAAAAUAUGGACUGAACUUCAUAAAGCCUCGCUCAAUAUAGAGCCAUGGUCUUAUGGAUACGUUGACAUUUCAUUUUCUCGACAUUGGAUUAGGAUACUAGCCUGGAAGCUAGUGUAUCAAAUGAAAGGCACCAAGUUUUCUUCGAAUGUUAACAACGGACUCAUACCAGUCGAAAUCGCUAGAGACAUGUUAGAAGACGCGUUCUUAACCCCGGAAAACCUUUACGAUGUUCACGGUCCUGGUAUACCAAUGAAGACAUUGGAAAUAGCCACUGCUUUAGUGGACAUUGUAGGUCAGUACGAUCGUAAUAUGAAGUUCGAGGCCUGGAACAUCAUGCAUGACGUAUCCAAGUUUGUUUUUUCUCUUAAACACUAUGAUAAUGGAAUGAUCCAGAGAUUUUCAACUAAAUGUCAGAGGGCUCUAAUUACUCUACCUAUUUCUAAAACGUUGCAAGUAAACGAAAAUUCUAAAAAUGAUGAAGCCGACAUAAUUUCUUAA